AGGGUCUCCCUCUGUUGCCUAUGGGGAGGGAUAUCUCUCCCAAGGCUCAAGGGAACCUCCUGUCUUGGCCUCCUGAAAUAAUGGGACUUGAGAGACUGCCUAACAUCUGAACAUACAAAACCAAACAGACAAACUCUUGCACCAUUGCUACCCCAACAUUUUACUCUAGAGGAAUGCCACUGUACAUGGAUUCCAAGCAGGUUAAAAAGAAAAAUAGCUGAUUAGAUCUGAGAACCCAGUAAACGGGAUGACGGCCACAGCUGCAGUGGAGACACCAAAAAUGGAGAAGAGUGCUUCCAAGGAAGAGAAGCAGCAGCCAAAGCAGGACAGCACAGACCGAGGCAAUGCUGACCCUGAAGAAUGGAUGAGCUCUGAGAGUGACCCUGAACACAUGAGCUUUAGGAGUGGUCACAACAGCUACCAACCUCUAGAUACUCAGCUGAAGAAGAAAGAGAUGCCCUCCAAGCCACAUCGCCAGCUCUGUCGGUCACCCUGCCUGGACCGGCCAAGCUUCUCCCAGAGCAGCAUUUUACAGGAUGGGAAGCUAGACUUAGAGAAGGAAUACCAAGUCAAGAUGGACUUUGCUCUAAAGCUGGGCUAUGCAGAAGAACAAAUUCAAUCAGUGCUUAAUAAACUAGGCCCAGAAUCACUUAUUAAUGAUGUGUUGGCAGAGCUUGUCAGACUUGGAAACAAAGGUGACUCAGAAGGGCAAGUCAACUUGAGUCUGUUAUUGCCACGAGGGGCUAGCUCCAGAGAGAUUGCGAGCCCUGAAUUGUCUCUUGAAGAUGAAAUAGACAAUAGUGAUAAUUUAAGACCAGUUGUUAUUGAUGGAAGUAAUGUGGCAAUGAGCCAUGGGAAUAAGGAAGAAUUCUCCUGCAGAGGAAUACAGCUUGCUGUGGAUUGGUUUCUAGAUAAAGGCCAUAAAGAUAUCACUGUAUUUGUACCAGCCUGGAGAAAGGAGCAAUCCCGCCCUGAUGCACCAAUUACAGAUCAAGAUAUUCUACGUAAACUGGAGAAGGAAAAGAUUCUCGUCUUCACACCAUCCCGAAGGGUCCAAGGCAGAAGGGUGGUCUGCUAUGAUGACCGAUUCAUAGUCAAAUUGGCUUUUGAUUCUGAUGGCAUCAUUGUGUCCAAUGAUAACUACCGAGACCUUCAAGUUGAAUUGCCAGAAUGGAAGAAGUUUAUAGAGGAGCGGUUGCUGAUGUAUUCUUUUGUGAAUGAUAAAUUUAUGCCUCCAGAUGAUCCUUUAGGACGCCAUGGUCCAAGCCUUGAGAAUUUCUUAAGAAAGAGACCUGUUGUUCCUGAACAUAAAAAGCAACCAUGUCCUUAUGGCAAAAAAUGCACCUACGGCCACAAGUGCAAAUACUAUCAUCCAGAGAGGGCCAACCAACCCCAGCGUUCGGUGGCUGAUGAGCUCCGCAUCAGUGCCAAACUGUCCACAGUGAAAAUAAUGAGCGAAGACACCCUGGCUAAGUGUGGCACAGGGAUGUCUACUGCCAAAGGUGAGAUAACCUCAGAGGUCAAACGUGUGGCCUCCAAGCGCCAAUCAGAUCCCAGCAUCCGGUCUGUGGCUGCCGAACCUGAAGAGUGGCUGCCCAUUGCUCGUAAACCUGAGGCCAGUUCUGUUCCUUCACUUGUGACUGCUUUAAGUGUCCCUACCAUACCUCCCCCCAAAAGCCAUGCAGUGGGUGCACUCAACACCCGUUCAGCCAGCAGCCCAGUGCCAGGGUCCUCCCAUUUUCCCCAUCAAAAGGCCUCUUUGGAGCACAUGGUCAGCAUGCAAUACCCCCCUAUCCUGGUUACCAACAGCCAUGGCACCCCUAUUAACUAUACUGAGCAAUACCCAAAGUUUGAGACCAUGGGGGACCAUGACUACUAUUCAGUGUUAAGUGACUUCUCCAAAGUGAGCAUCAACAGCAUGCAUAAUCAUGAGUACUAUAUGGCUGAAGCAAACCAGGGGGUAUAUGUUCGGAAUCCCAGCCUAUGUACUGACAGUCACAUGAGCCAUACCAGGAAUGACAACUACUCCUCUUACAACAACUUGUACUUGGCUGUAGCUGAUGCCCAUCCUGAAGGCACUUUGAAGCUGCAUCGCUCAGCAUCUCACAACCACCUUCAGCCGUUUUCCCAUGGUUACCAUGAAGCCUUAGCGAGAGUGCAAAGUUACGGUUCAGAAGAUUCCAAGCAAGCACCCCACAAGCAGUCAGUCCCUCACUUAGCUAUGCAUGCCCAGAACCCAGCAACUGGAGCACACUCUAGCUGUUCUGGAGACUACACCAUGCCUCCCAAUGUCCAUCCUAUGGGGCCCUCCCAGCCAGGCCGUGCUCUGGUGAUGACUCGAAUGGACAGCAUUUCUGACUCCCGCCUCUAUGACAGCAACCCCAUGAGGCAAAGGCGGCCUCCUCUGUGCAGGGAACAGCAUGCUAGCUGGGACCCACUGCCCCGUGCAGCUGACUCCUAUGGAUACCACUCCUAUCCCUUAGGUAAUGGUCUCAUGCAACCAUGUUACGAACCAGUCAUGGUAAGGAGCAUGCCUGAAAAAAUGGAGCAACUUUGGAGGAAUCCUUGGGUUGGAAUGUGCAAUGAUGCCAGGGAGCAUGUGAUACCCGAGGACCAAUAUCAGACAUACAAGAACCUCUGCAACAUCUUCCCUUCUAAUGUUGUUCUUGCAGUGAUGGAGAAGAAUCCCCACACAGCAGAUGCUCAGCAACUGGCAGCCUUGAUUGUUGCCAAGCUUAGGUCCGCACGUUGACAUAAGACUUACUCCUUUACAUAAAUAUGAAUAGUAAUAAUACAUGAUACUAUAAUUCUAAUAAGUAAUAAUUUGUGUUAUACUUUUAAAAUUACAGAGUGUUUCUAUCAUUUUAGCACAUAACAACUCUGUGAGGUAGAUCUUGGGACCAUCUAAUUUUAUAGAGAAGGAAACUGAAGUUUGACGAGAUUAGCUGACCUGCCAAGGUCACACUUCGAGUAAAUGACCAAGUCAAGACACAAACCGAAGUUCUCUGGCCUAAUGUCCCAUGCCCUUUCCCACUGAAGUGUGGAGAUAAUGGAGGACAAAAUCCAGGCUUUGCCUAAAUGCAAGAAACCCCAAGGGAUUUCAUUACCAUUGUUUUCUUUUUUAGUUUUUCUUUUCUUUUUUUUAGACAGGGUCUUUCCUUGUAUCACAGGCUUUCCUGGAACUUGAUAUGUUGACCAGGCUGGCCUUAAACACACAGAGAUCCAUAUGCCUCUGCCUGCAGAGUGCCAGGAUUGAAGGCGUGUGCCACCACAUCCAGCUACCAGUGUUUUCUUAGUCACACAUUCCAUAUUAUAAAGUAUGAAUCAUCGGUCCAAUUUAGAGAGCCAAUACACAAGGAUCAGAUUGUAUUGUGAAUUAACCUUUUAAGGAUUUUAUAAUAGAGAUAUUUAAAACUAAAAGUAAACACAGAUUUUAAUUGCAUGAGUAUCUGAUCAUUCAAUAUCUUUAGCCAAGUAUAGGGUCACAUUGAAGCUUCUAGAGAUAUAGUUGAAUCCUCCUCUUAGCAAUUCUACUGCAUGUAUGAAUUUAUAUAUUUGGUUUGAGAUGUGUUUGUAUCUCUGGUAUCAACUUUUUUAUUGUGAUAAUAAGACGGCAAGCUCUAUACAGUCUAUAGUUUACACCUGUAUAGAUCACAAAUACAACUUGAUGAUUUUGUCACAUUUUACAGUUUCAGUUAGAAUCAAAACUGAAAUCACAUGCCAACAUUUAAACUUUGCUUUCUUAAGCACCAGAGUAAAGCAGCUGUAUUUCCUUUACAUAUUUUACUUGACCACAUUUAUUAACCAUUCUUAGCUUUCAAGUCUUUUCACCUUAGCAAAUUAGGGGUCAGGCUGAAGCUUUCUAUAGCUGAGGUACUCUUGAAGCGCAUAUUCAACAUUUAGUAUGUAUAUGAUACACAAGUGCUAAAGAUCUGGACCAGGACCAAGGGACUUUCUACCAGAAUCUACUUCCCUUAUCCCAGGAGGGAUGGCAUUUAGUGAUAACUACCAAGUUGGAACUUCUGACCAAUUCAACAUUACAGGACAAAGUGUAGUAAAAGAGAGUGCAUAGCCAUGUAUGACCACUCUCUCCUGUUGUCCACUGUUUGAGCAAUAAGAUCAGUCAUUGGUAGAGCAGAAUGCCUUUAGGAACCAAAACCAGGGUAUUUAUUUUCUAGGUUGCAAAAGAGCAGCUUCCCAAGGGGAAGUGCUUUGAUCUGCACUUCAAAUCCAUGCAGAGGGUGCACUGGGGGUAGAUAAUUCUGAGCUGCAUUAUUAAGGAGGGUAUGACUUUUGCAUCAGGCAGCACCAUUUGCACAAUUUGAAUCUUCCUCUGCAUAGAAUCAUUUGUAGCUACAUGCCUCUCCAAGAGGUCUUUAUUGUUUUAAGAUGCACUAAACGAGCCCUCCUUUCUGAAUCCGUUGUAUAUUUCAACAUUUUGAACGAUGACCAGCUCGCAAUUUCCGAGGCUGGAACUUACUAACUUCUACAGUCCUUUUUCAUGAGAGUUGAGAAGGCCUGGCCUUGGCCUUUUGUUUCUUCAUGAGAAGGUGUAAUACUGCCUAUAAAUGUUUCUUACUGUGAAACACUCUGAAUGUGAGACUGUAGUCAGGGUUGUUUCUGGUAGUUUGAAUAAUGGCUUAUAUGCUGCUUCCCAGCUUUCUCUCUGUGAAAGUUGACGAAUAGUACAUCUUAAACAACAAUCACUUAGCCACAACUUUACAUUUAUCUCCUCCUACCUGCUAACUCUUCCAUUCCCCAGGAUACUGAUAACAUGUUACAAUAUGUUCUAUCAGGUAGGUCCACACAAACUGACAAUUGUCACUGCAGUGCUUCCUGUCUAACCCAAGCGUCAGGAUACCUUGAAUUUCUUGGCCCUUCUAAAUCUGCCCCUUGACUAAAUCAGGGUAUUUGACAAUGUCAGAUUAUUCGGAUGCCUUUGUACCAAUCAGUUCAUAUACCUACCAAUGACACUGCAGUGUCCAUUAACUUCCCAGUUUACAGGGAAACACAGGGUUCAACUUGUCAGCUGCAAUUCAUUGGGAAUAUGUUCAUGUUUAAAAUGUGAAAGAAUUGUAAGCUCCUCCCAGUAGGGGGAAUUGAUUGAGAUAGCAUAUGUAUUUUUUACUUUCUAAGAAAGGAUUGCCAUUCUUCUCUCCUUGUAAAAUGUGUAUGAACCAAAGCAGCUAAGAGCAAUGCCUCAAAUAACCAGAAAUGACCUUUUGUUGAUACAAAUUGUAUCUCUUUUCUCCUGAUUGUAUAGAAACAAAUAUACAAAACUCAUCUUAAACUAUGUUUAGUAAUUAAUUUUCACCAUAUUUGUGGCACUGUGUGUCACAGGAAAGUAGCCCGGGGGUAACGAGGGAGCUUUUAUUUCCAAAGGGCAGUAGUAGUUUAUAGACAAAUACAGUUUUCAAGGCCUCUUUAUUGUUAGAUGAACAACUAUUGUGUGUACAAUCUGCAACAUUGUGAUUCUCUUUAGCCUAUUAAAUUUAAUAUGUCCUUAUAAAGGGGAUUUUUAUAAAGUGUUGAUAGUAAUAAACCAUAUGUAAGAAUCUUUAAUGGAGCUGUAUAAUUAUGAAUGCAUAAAUCCAGUGUGGUUCUUACAUUAGAGAAACAUUUUUUAUACCAAGAUCUGCACACUUCUUGACGUUUCCAUUUUGUCUAUAAUUAUAAAAAAGCAAUCAAAGAAGAGCAUUGAGACCUCAUUAGCACCCUUCAUGGGGCUAAGUGUGUGUCCUUCCAGAUACUUACCUCCAAGUACACAGCAGGGGUUAAGGCACAGUGUUCCGUGUGGUUUUCGAGAAGCAGCGGAUUCUGUAAGAGGUGCUUUGUCAUUUGAAUUCCUUCACUGAUUUUCUGACCUCAUAGCAAACUUGUGCCUGUUCAGGCCUUAGACUUUGUAGAUUUUCUGAUUUUCGUUUUCUUGUUGUGACCUUAUUAUUGUUGUUGCUUUCAUUUCCACCUAAAGGAGAAAUGUGACUCUGGAGGGACAUGGUCAAUCCAGGGCACCCUUUCUAUAAAACAGCUCAAAGAAAAAGGAGCCUUUUCAAAGGUAACAUGGAACUACUGAACUCAAAUAAGGUACCAGGUGUGGAAGGGAAAAUGGCAGAUUACUUAUCAAAAUGGUCUGUAAAACUUUUUGUCUAAGUAAUGAAGCAUAUAGCAUGAUUUUUCUCCCCCAUCUUAAUAUCUCAACUCCUUCUAGUUUCCAAGAGACUACUUCUCCACAAUCUGCUUUUUUUUCAUUUUGAAACAAAUAACCUUUAUAAAAUAAUUCAGUCAUUCCUAUCUAUUGCUCUUUGUUCCAGUUUCCUUCUAACAUGGAACAGUUCCUUCCGAAGAGGCUCUCAGUUAACAUUCUGUCUGUGCUCUAAGCGUGCAGUUUGGAGGGCCGACAAUUUCAAUGGUUUGUUUUGCUCUGUAAACCAGGUUUGGAUUUGCACAGGGAAAAUAAUGCCAACUUGUCCAAAGAGCCCCCCUCUCAGGUCUUCUCCUAACCUUUCUUUUCUUCCUCCUAGUUUGCUUCUCUUCAGGUAUGAAACUGAGGAGUGCACAAUCUUCAGCUGACCAAAAUGGCACUAGUGUUAGUUUUCACUGGAAACAAAACCAGUUAUCUCUAGACCUUGCUUGUCUAAAGUAGUCAAUGCCUCUGUGAAGACUCUGCACAUUUGAUAUCUACUGUAUUAUAGCUAGCUAUACACAUAGGCAGAUUGACUAUUUUUUAGUCCUGGUUUGUGUAUCAUUGAGCUAUAGUAAUUUGUUUUACCCAUUUGUGGGAUUAAACAGUAUUGUUUAAUGGUUGUAAACUUUUUAUAAAACCACUUUGGGUUUCUUAUUUGACCCAAAUAUAAUGUAAGUCUCAAUGACAAAAUACAGAGCCAAGCUGAGGUGAGUGAAAAUACAGCCAGCCCUUCUCCAGUUUUGUCUGCCCCUAGGAUGCAUGUGCAAUGCUUUAUACAAUAUGCUCACUAGCAUGAAUGUAUUUACAACUUCUUCAUGAGGUUUUUAUUUGUUUCACUUCUAAUUGUGAUGCAAAUGCUGUAUUGUUGACAAUGACCUGUAAACCCAUUUCUUGCAUAAACCAUUUGUCUACUAGUCA